AUGACAGCCAACACCGAUGAACAUGACAAACCCAUGACCAAGCUAGAAGGCGCAUUGACAAGAUUGCAGGAACUAAUCAUGGCGGCCACAAUGGGUGAAGCGUGGCAACCAUUAGGGACCCCCACACCUGGGCAUGGUGCCACGACAACUGGCAUCCCAGCAGCAGCCACAAGCAAGUGCAACAACGAUCUCAAGUCGCCACAAAGUACGACCACGUUGGCAGAUAUAGAGCAAUCACGCCCUAGACACCAAAUCAAGGUGAAGAAGCGCCUCCCAAGUAAUAGCUAG